GCCCAGGAACCUGCUCUUCCUUUCACUUUCCGAUGUGACAACUUCUGCAAGAUGAAAAUGCAUACAGAAGUUUGAAACUUAAAAACUGGACAGAAAAACUACAAUUAAACCCUAUGGCUCUUUUACUGCAGGAAUUAGACGUGGAAAUUGCUAUCUGACAUUCUGAAAAACUUUUUCCAACCUGACAAAACCGAAGUCAUGUUUCGGAGGCAGAGCACAGCACGACACUGCUCAGCAGGAUCAGUCAGGUGAAUUCUUUCCUGCCGUCCCCUUGUGCUUUUGAAUCAAGUUUCCUAGAAGAAGAUGCGUUCCUCAUUGUGCCAAAUCUGCAGAGUCUGCACAUCGCUGCCUGGUUUUCUCACAUUCUUCAUUACUUUUCAUAUUUCCAAGGUGGAAUCAGCCCAGUUUACAGUUGUUGGACCUGAUCAGCCAGUCACUGCCAUUGUGGGGGAAGAGAUCGUAUUGCCAUGCCGCCUGUCCCCCAACAUGAGCGCUGAGAACAUGGAAGUGAGGUGGUUCCGGUCUGAGUUCACAUAUUAUGUUCAUCUGUACCGCGAUGGGACAGAUCAGUUUGGAGGACAGAUGCCAGAAUACAGGACAAGGACAGCGUUUUGGAAAGAUGGCCUCACACAUGGAAAUGUUUCCUUGAGGAUUCUCAAUAUCAGGCCUUCAGAUGAAGGGCAAUACACCUGCUUUGUCAUAGAUGGCAUUACUAAUGAAGAAGCUGUAAUAGGACUGAAGGUAGCAGCUGUAGGCUCUAAUCCUAUCAUCUCUGUGGAGGAUUACCAGCCUGGAGGGAUCCACGUGAUGUGUCGAUCAGCUGAGUGGUACCCAGAGCCCCAGGUGCUGUGGAGAAAUGCCCAGGGGCAUCAUAUACCAUCGCUUUCUGAAAUAAAAUCCCCAAAGGCAAACGGCCUGUUUCAAACAGAAAUUUCUGUGGUCAUAAGCGGACAUUCAAACCAGAACUUGUCCUGUUGGGUCAGGAACAGCCUCCUCGACCGAGAGAAGGAGUCAGCAAUUUAUAUAUCAGCUCUCUUUUUUCCAAGCGUGAAUCCCUGGAUGGUGGCCCUGAGCGUGAUCCUGGUGGUUGUGUUAAGUUUCAUAAUCCUGAAUGUAUACCUCCUCAGAAUGAAAGGAAACCUUCAACGAGAACUUGGGUGGAAAAGAGCUGUGAUCUGUCCAGGGCUGGGACAAACUGCACCGCCUCUGGAAAAAGAGGACGUGACUCUGGAUCCCCACACAGCUCAUCCCUACCUCAUCCUAUCUGAGGAUGGGAAGCGUGUGACAUCAGCAGGCGCACGGCAGCCUCGUUCGCGGGGGGCAAGAUCCGGCCCUGGUUCUGGGUGCAGGACGGUGAAAUCAGGCUCAGGCGGCGCCAGUGAGAGGGAAAGGAAACAUGCAGGACAGGACCUGCUCGUUGUCCCCUCCGGCCUCAGUCGUGCUCGUGUCUGUGACCCUGGAGGACUCCUCUCGCUGCAGACGAUCAGCUGUGCCGUGUCCGUGGCCCUGGACGCAAAGGGUGGGUUUCUUAAUCCCCCGACCAUGGAGAGCAGGACGUGGCUGAGCUGGACGGUCGUCUCUGCCUGUUUGUUAUUUCCUGCAUGACCGAGGGGCCCUCGGGGUCCUGUGGGGUCCGGCACCCACGGGUGCAGCGGAGGAGUUGGAGGAGGGACAGCGAAGAGGAGGCACCAAAACCCAGGGCCAUUUGGGUUGGGAAAUGCAGUUGAACCCGGCCCUGAUGUUCAUUGCAGCACUCCUUGUGCAGAGCCUCCGGUCCUGAGAGGUGGAGCUGCUGCAGCUGCAUAAAAAGUGAUUUGUGCAAAUUCUGCCCUUUCCCCUUUCUCUGAUUAUUAAAAAAUCACUCCCAAGUGUUUCAUAGUCCUCAUGAUUGCAGUCAAUAAACGUAUUGUUGAUAAAUAUAGAAGUA